CAGUCCUUGCCUCACCAAUUCGCCAUGGCUGAAGAACAAGCUGAUACCAAGCAUAGCGUUCCAGAGGAAGGAGAGAGCCUUACGUCUACGCUUCCUAGGAAGGAAGGAUGGUGGAAAUCUUUCUUCUUGUUCCAAGGCUGCUGGCUCCUGCCCCAGGGCGUGAAGAGCGUCGCUCUCGUGCAAGCCCAGUUCGAGCCACGUCCGGACGACAUCAUCCUCGCCACUUACCCCAAAUGCGGCACCACAUGGCUGAAGGCCCUUGCCUACACGGUUUCCAACCGCUCCCGCCACACUGUCGCCGGCGACGACCACCCGCUGCUCACCCGCAACCCUCAUGACCUUGUGCCGUUCAUAGAGCUGCCUAACCGAAGCCUCCACCCAGUAACGGAGCUUGAGGCACUCCCCUCCCCGAGGCUCCUAUGCACACAUGUCCCACUCGCGCUGCUGCCCUCAGCGACGUCGACCCUUGGCUGCAAAAUCGUGUACCUGUGUCGGGAGCCCAAGGAUGUGCUUGUGUCCAUAUGGUACCACGUCCAGAAGGUGCGCCAAGAGUUCUUCGUAGAGUUCGAUAGGGCCUUUGAGUUGUUCUGCGAGGGGGUUUCAUUCUUCGGACCUAUCUGGGAGCACUACCUAGGAUACUGGAAGCAAAGCAUUAUAGAGCGUGACAGGGUUCUAUUCUUGAAGUAUGAUGAGAUGAUGGCUGAACCUGCCAAGCAUGUUAAGAUGCUUGCCGAGUUCCUCCGAGUUCCAUUCACCGAAGAGGAGGAUAGUGGUGGAGUCGUGGAGCAGGUGGUGAGGCUGUGUAGCUUCGAAAACCUCAAGAGCCUACCUGUGAACUCCUCGGGAGUGUCUGAUCGGAUUGGUGGGUUGCCGACGGAGAACUCUCUAUUUUUCAGGACCGCAAAGGUUGGGGACUGGACAAACCACUUGACCAAAGAGAUGGCACAGAAGCUGGACAAUAUCAUUGGGGAGAAACUAAAAGGAUCUGGCCUCACCUUUUGACAUUUGUCUAUCCUACUUAAUAAGCUUCGACGGUAAGUUGUCGUUUCAAAUGCAUUAAGAUUUAUCCGUUUCCCAGCAAACUAUAUAAUUUCCACAUAAUUCCUGCGCAGUUCCCAUGUUCUAAAUGAAUAUAUGUAAGUCUUGUCCAACUACUUGCGUAUGCUUGUGCAACUAUGUUGGACAUACCAUG